ACCGUUUGAAAGCAGCAGGCGUUAAAUUCGUGCAAACUUCGUGGUACCAGCCUUUGCACUCGUCGCACUGCAUGCCGCUUUCAACAGGAUAACGACGACCCGGACGUUGACAACUGCUUUUUUACACUGUCCAGUCAUUUAGGAAAGGUACAUUUUCAAAUUGCGAUGAUACUCAGAAACAAAAAAUUUAUCAAUGACCAAAAAGUGAAGAGCAGUAGAUUGCUAAGACCAAAAGCACUAACAGAUACAGUUGAAAAAGAGGUACUCAAGAGAACCAACGACAAAACAGUAAAAACGAUAUUCUAGUCGAAUACUUUAACUGAAAUAAAUUCAAUUAAAGUGAAAACAGUAGCCUUCAUACGCAGUAUGUUUACAGGUGAUGUUUCCGAACCUUACGAAAUCUUGAAACGUUCGAUUCUUAAACGAGGAGACCUAACCGAUCGACAAAGGUUAGAUCAACUCUUUAAUAACAUAGACUUGCAGCACGGUUCUGCGACGGACAUGUUGCAAAGAAUGAGAGAAGUGAUAGACCUAAGAACUUUCGACGAAGGUCUAUUCAAACAACUUUUCUUCUCUAAACUUCCUCAACAGAUGCAAGCGGUUCUGGUCUCGUUUCAGAACAACGCCUUAGACAAGCUGGCUGCAUCUACCGAUCGAAUCUUAGAAAUUACGAAAUCUACUACCGAGGUAUUUUCAAUCAAAGAAAAGCCUCACACGACUCAGAAUGACAUAACCGAGUUAUGUCAUACACUCACGCGUUAUCUUAAUCUUCGUAACGACCGUAAUCGCUCACACAACCCACGUAGAAGCAGUUCACGUAGGCGAUCUGUCUCUAGACCACGAGAGACGGAUAACCCCGACUGGUGCUGGUAUCAUAACCAGUAUGGAAAGUCUUCCAGAAAUUGCAUAAAACCCUGCAAUUUUCCCAACACGAAACCGACUGACUCGAAAAACAACUCGGGAAACUUCCAAGCCGGCACGCGUUAACGGCAACCGUAGCCGGCGACAAUAGCCGUCUGUUAUACGUCACAGAUGUGACAAUGAGAGUUCGCUACCUCGUCGACACUGGCGCAGAUGUUAGUGUUCUCCCAUCAAAUCCUAACGACCGGCUUCACGAGUCGACUUUAAACUUACAGGCGGCAAACGGAAAACCGGUCGCUACGUAUGGCAAAAGGUACGUUUACCUGAACGUGGGUUUACACAAACCCAUUCACUGGAUUUUCGUUGUUGCAUGUUUCUAUGCCAAUCAUUGGUAUGGACCUUCUACAACACCAUAAUCUGGU